AUGGCACCCAUUUCUUCUUCAAGUUCCGAGGACGCCUUUCAGUUAUUCGACCUGCGGGUCGAGGUCGUCUGUCCACCAGGCAAGAGGAUUAUGUGUGGUGCCAAAGAAGGGGAUUACUUCACGCUGAAGGGUGAGAUGUUGCAUUUGCCACCAGAUCAAGGCAUCAGCAUAUACAGCUUAUCAUCGGUGCUACCCCUACUCGCUGCAAAGCAACGAGUAACUGCCAAGAACGACUGGAUGACAACCGAUGCGUUGAUCGCAUGCCCGGAUCCCUGCUGUCCUUCCCAGCUGAAGAUUGUCCGAGAAGGCAUCAGAACGUUCCGUCACUCAGAGACUACUGCCGUUCCUUUGAGCAACGCCGAUGCGCCCAAGUAG